GCGGGCCGCGCGUGCAAGUACAGCGCGGUGCUCAUGCGCGGCGUCUACCCCUGGGACCCGACGAAGCCCUGCCAGGACAGCUUCUUCGUCAACGAGUCCAUGGUCGUCGACGGGCUGGCGAGCCACUGGUUCGCGGUCAUGGACGGCCACGGGCCCGACGGCGACGGCUGCGCGCACUUCAUCCGCGACAAUUUGGAGAAGGUCGCGCGGAAGCUGCACAAGAAGCACCCGGACUGGUCCUGGGCCGACGUGCUCUCCAACUCCUACGAGACGGUCAACGCCAUGCUCCACCGGUCGGACCGCGUGUCGUCCGUCGACUCCGGUUCCACGCUCGUGUCCGUCUGCAUCCGCCGCGACGUCUGCUACUGCGCCAACGUCGGCGACUCGCGGGCCAUCAUCGGGACGCUGGACCGGUCCACGGGCAGGUGCGUCGCGAAGCCCCUGUCGUCGGACCAGACGCCCUACCGCAAGGACGAGCGCGAGCGGUUACGGGAGUGCGGCGCGCGCGUGCUGACCAUCGACCAGCUCCAGGGCCGCGCGCCGCUCACCGACGACUACAUCUGCGCCCUGGGCGACGAGAUCGACGAGGGCGGCGACCCGCCGCGCGUCUUCCUCAUGGACGACGACGUGCCGGGCACGGCGUUCUCGCGGUCCAUCGGCGACUACACCGCGGAGACCGUGGGCUGCAUCGCGACGCCGGAGAUCUCGGAGACGGCCGUGGGCGAGGACGACGUCGUCGUCGUCAUCGCGUCCGACGGCGUCUGGGAGUUCCUGACGAACCAGGUCGUCCUGGACAUGUGCCUCGAGACGGACGACCCGUUCGUCGCCUGCAACCGCAUCGUCGCCAAGGCGGCCUACGAGUGGGUCACGCGCGAGCAGCGCACGGACGACAUCUCCUGCAUCGUCGUCUACCUCAACGACCGCGAC